AUGCACAACUUGACGCUGCCGUCGCCGCUCUCGAGCGGCUUUGCGUCGCUGCGCUCGGUGCUUGGACCGUUUGGGAACGUCGACAUGACGUACGUACCCGUGCCAGCUUCGUUGUUGCAGUGGUACCAAGCCACGCAAGACGCGCUCACGACGCUCCUCGUGACGGAUCCGGUGGCGCAAGCCGCUUUUGUGGCGAUUCCUCAAAAGCAGUACAUUGGCCAGUUUCCCAAAGCGUUUGCGCAGUCAGGCAUUGCGUUCGAAGGCGGGAAUGUCUUGUGCGGCAACGACCAAGCCUCGGCGCCCAUCAACUUUUGGAGCAUCGUCGCGUCACCCAUCUUUCGCGCGUUCAGCACCUCGAACGCCUGUUACCGGCUCGUGUUUGAGUUUUUCGAGCCCGACGAGUUCCUCCUCCUCUUUGCCCUCUCUGGGUUUGGCGCGUCGCACGACCUGGGACGAGACACACUCGCCUCGAUCUGUCACUACGACUACUCCCCCGGUGACAACUGCGGGGGCAUUUACAACGACUCGGUCGCGUUCCUCACAACGUACAAUGCAUCGACGCUGAGUGCCUUUCCGCCCCUCGCCCGCGCCGCCGAGCGCGACGUGAAAGCGCUCAACGAUCAGUUUCUCCAGUACCUCAAGAACGCUAGUGUACCAUCCUCGGCCAUGAACCACAGGUACCUCUUCCGCAUCAACAUCCUCGACGACGCGGACGACAUCUCGUGGGUUUACUUUGGCUGGUGCUUCAUGUACGCCUGGGCGUCCGGGCUGCGCGAAGUCGUGUCGUUCCAGGGCGACCAUGGCACGCUCACGGCCAUUUCCGGGCCCCUCAGCACGAUCACGAUGCAGGCGAACCCCGCGGAGGUCCGUCAAGACUUGGCCAACGUGCUCUCGCUGAGCGUCCAGUACAUCACGAUGGUGUUUCUGGUCCUAGCGACCUUUACCGCGCUCUACGCAAUCAGCAGCCGCGGGCGCAUCGAGGGGCUCAACCUCUUCGAGAUGAACCGGACGUUUGGCCUUGUCUGGGUCGGACGGCCCUUUGUGCUCAUUCGCAGUGCGUCGGCCAUGAUCAUUCUGCACACCAACGUCCUCAACCUUUCUCAAAUCGGAGCGUUCACAGUGUUUACGUCGCCGACCAUUCUGUGGUACAACUUGGUGCUGGCCGCGGGCGAGCUCAACUGGCUCGUUUACGUCUUCAACGACAGCUUCAGCUGCAUUACCACCAAGUACACGGCGGGGUAUGCGAUGAAGAGCACGCUCUCGGCAUGGCUCAUUCUGAUUGUCUGGACCGCGAUUCAGCCUUGCGAACACGUGGCCUACAUGGACCGGCGCUGUGUGGCGAUUGACAUGGAUGUUGGCUUGCGCUGCCACAGCGCGUUUGUGGAAGUCGGCUUUGUCAACCGGAUUGGCCUCUCGGUGCUCAUCUGCUUUGGCUGCGUGGUUGCGAGUUUUUUGCUGGAAAAAUACGUGUGUCGGGGAGCUCCCGUGUUUGAUGCGACGUCGCUCAUGCUCUCCGCACCCGCCAAGUACACGUUCGUGCUCGACGACUGGGUGCACAACGGCGUCUUGUACAUUGAUAAGCCAUCGACACUCAUGGCGGGCGUCCUCUCGGUCGAAUAUGCCGGUGGCAUCUACCUCUUUGACGUCAAGAAAUGGCGCCUCCUCGUGGCCUUUCGACACAGUGGCGUCGAGAUGGUACUCCCAGACGCGCGCUUUAUGUAUGCGAUUCCAUUGGUCGAGUGA